AUGAACUUUGACUUGUAUUCACCGCUCCCGUAUUUGGCCCUAGAUUUCGAAUUUUUCCCAGGUGGUAGCGAUCAACACUAUCCAUUGCAGUUGAAUUGGCCUGCAAACUUGAUUAAUCAAUGUUAUAUGCCACAGCUAGCUGUUAGGAGACAACCUUUACCCAGGGUAAAUUAUCAAAAGAAGACACACAUUUUGAAAUUCCAACAACGACAGAAAAAGCGUAAGAGGCCAAUGGGGCUGGACCCCAUCUAUAUUUCGGGAUGUCGUCUGGUCCGAUUUGGAUCUCUUGCAGGUAUAAGAGAUGCUAGACCAACUAGGUGCCCUCUAAGAGGUUUAACACAUGGUAUUUUCAUUAAAUCUAGUUGCCGUUGCCCCUGUCAGACUUUUACAUUAUGUCCAAGCCCACUGGUGAGCCUGCUAAGGACAGAUUCCUUGUUUGUCAUGUGUAAAUCCAAUUAA